GUGACAACUGACAGAAGUCAGAAGUAUACUUUUCAAUUUCCUAUUUAUAUUUUGAUUAUAAUAAAUAGUGACUUGUGUGCAACAAUUAAGGCCUUCCUAUUUAUUUUUGGAUAAAACAAAUGAAGGAUAUUUCUUUGUUCUUCUAUCUAUAAUUACCGUGGCCUCUAUACGGUUUUGGAACAAAACAAAUUUGACAGGUCGACAUUUUUCACUUGAUUACCUUUUACUCAUUGGUUUACUAUCAACGCAUAUUCUUGAAGUGAUUUCGGUGUUUCAGAGGAAGAUUGGGGCGCUAUAACGUAGAUUAUUCAAAAACAAUGUAAAUAGCUGCACCAAUUAGUGGAAAACCUUGGGAGAGCAACAGUCGGUGUACUGCAAUCUGAGGCGACAUGUCCAACAAUGGUGGAGGCCCGCAGAUCAUGAACAACCUGCCUCCUGGAGUGAAUCCAGACAACAACUUGCUUCCCGGAGGACCCAUCAUCAACCCCACAAUGAACCGACCCCGCAACAACAACCAAAACCCCUUAUUCAAUGUCAGGGAGAGGCUUUUCCAUGCACUGUUCUUCAAGUUUGCCGUUGCAUAUGCUAGAACAUUCCCCAGGCCAGUGCGAAGGUUUUUUGAGUUCCUAGUUUUGUUGAAAGCUGUGGCGGCAUUCUUUGUACUAGCAUAUAUUCACAUAGCAUUCUCACGAACACCCACAACCUGCUUGAACCAUGUGAAGGACUCAUGGCCUAGAGAUGGAAUACUUAGAGUAGAGAUAAUGAGAAACCCCUCUCAGGAUUACACUAUUGAACAAAGCUAUGCUAAGGAGAGGAAGCUUAGGAAAGAUAAGGAGGAAAUUAACUCUAUGCUUGGCAUGCUGGCUACAGAAGGAUUUAUCAACAUAGAAUCAUCUACUAGUGAGGAGCCAGAAGAAGAAGAAUACAUCAGAGAUGGUAACGAUUAUGGAAACAUCACAAAUGUGGAUGAAGCUGAUGAUGGGUCUCACACAGACCAGGUCAUGGAAACUGCCUAUCUUCAGAGUAGAACUGAUCCUCAGACUGACCUUGCCGAGCUGGAUGCUAAUACCACCAUCAUAUCUGGAGAUGAAGUAGAACCUUCUAUGUCUAUUUGGGAAGGAAUCAUGGGUCUGGUUGAAGAUCUAGAUAAAGAAACAAAACUAGUUGAUGAAUCUGACGAAGGAGCUGCUAACGAUUCUUCAAAAGAUGACGACUACAUCCUUGAGUACUCAUUGGAGUAUGGCUUCCUCCGGCUGUCCCCGAGCGCUCGGCUGCGGCUCAAGAUCCCCGUGAAGAUAGUCACGUUGGACCCCAUCCAGGACGAGUGUUUCGGGGACCCGUUCUCCAGGUUUGUCCUGGAUGGCUUCCUGGGCUAUGACGACUUGCUUAUGGCGUCUAUCAAGACAUUGGCUGAACAGGAGGAUAAUAAAGGAUAUUUGAGGAACGUGAUAACCGGCGAGCACUACCGCUUCGUGUCCAUGCUGACGGCGCGCAGCUCCUACAUCGCCGCCUUCUUCAUCAUGCUCGUCUUUACGGUGUCCAUAUCGAUGUUGCUGCGCUACGCUCAUCAUCAGAUCUUCGUGUUUAUUGUGGACCUGCUGCAGAUGCUGGAGUUCAACGUGACGGUGUCGUUCCCCGCCGCGCCGCUGCUCACCGUCAUCCUCGCGCUCGUCGGCAUGGAGGCGAUAAUGUCCGAGUUCUUCAACGACACGACGACGGCGUUCUACAUCAUCCUGAUCGUGUGGAUCGCGGACCAGUACGACGCCAUCUGCUGCCACACCGCCAUCGCCAAGCGGCACUGGCUCAGAUUCUUCUACCUGUACCACUUCUCUUUCUACGCGUACCACUACCGCUUCAACGGGCAGUACAGCAGCCUGGCGCUCGUCACCUCGUGGCUCUUCAUACAGCACUCGAUGCUGUACUUCUUCCACCACUACGAGCUGCCGGUGAUACUACAGCAGGCGCAGCUGCAGCAGCUGUUGCUGCGCACGCACCACGGCAUGGGCGGCGUGGUGGGGCUGGCCAACAUCGCGGCGCUGGCCAGCGGCGCCGUGUACCAGGACGCGGGCACGGGCGCCGCCCCCGCGCCCACCGCGCAGUCCACCACGCAGACGGUCAGCGAGCCCGCGCACUCCACCACCACGCAGACCUCGCCCUCCGUGUCCACCGUCGAGACCAACACGCCGCUCGCGCCCGACGACCCCGCUGAUGCUGGUUCUCAGAAUGCCCUAAGAAACAACCCGAGCGGUGACAGCACUUUGAAAAUAGAGGAGAUCUCGCGGCAGGGCAGUGCCGAGCCCGCGCCAGCCAGUGGGCGCGUGGGCGCCGGCGACGGCGGUGCUGCGCGCGGGGCGGCGGGCGCGGGCGACGAGGCCGCCACGCUGGACCGCCGACGACGGGACCAGGCGGCUGAAGACGACCCGCCGCUGCUCAACCCCGGCGACCCCCCCUCCGACCGGAUAGACCCCGAGGUCGACGAAUUAGACUAACUACAUAGUACUUCAUAGGCUUAAUAACUUACAAUCUAUAUCAGAUACCUAUAGUCUAUUUAUUAUAAUAGAUAUUUUCAAAUUCUAUCGAUGUCAGCUUAUAUUGGAGAUGAAUAAUCUAUUUCAAUCCAUUUUUGGCUUACCGAAUGUUUUUUCUUAGUAUAAAACAUUUGAAAAGCUGAUUGUGGAUUGGCAUAGUCUUAUUAGUUUUCGACCUUAAUGUAUACUUAUCUAAAAUAUAUUCACAGAUGCCACGAAAGUUACAACCCCUGAAUAACGUAUAUUAUGUGACAUCGAUUAAUGUCAGUUACUUUCUUCUGUUGAGUCUCGAAGAAACAGACUUGAAAUAUACACGAAUCUGGUUUAAAUAAGCCGGAGGAUCUUCCAGUGUAUUUUAGAGAGUAAGAUGCAAAGUCACAUAGCCUUAUUAUUUUGCAAUAAUAACACCAGGUAAUUUAAGUCUAUUGAGUAACUAAUUUAUAUUUUGUAUGAACCAUAGUCACUAAAUGGCUGCUAGAGUAGUGUUUUAAACCAGAUUGUUGUAUAUUUUGUGACGAAUGAAUUUUUAGUUACAGUUCUGAUGUUGUACUGCGGAUAGGUGGAAUAGCGAUCUGUUAUUUAAUUUGUGCUGCAUUAUGACUAGUGUCCCCAUGAUUAUUUACCAAGUCACAAAACAGUUUUUAUAAUAUUUUAAACUACUAAAAUUAUUUUAUCAAGUUUUUUUAGUACGUCUACCAUAAUAAAAUUUUCCUCUGCUAUUAACUUAACAGUCUUUGACAACGUUGUAUUAUUUCUUUUAAUUUUGGUUAUAUACCUAUGUAUGCUGAAUGAUUUAAAUAUUAUGAUCAUAGCAAUGCAAUGGAAUGGCUCGUAUCAUGGUAUUUGCAUGUUUUAAAAGUGCUUUCUAUUUUAAAUUACCUACCUUUAUUCUAAAGACGUAAUGUUCCUAAAAUAAUUUAUAGAGCGGUAGUUUUUGACUUAAUACAUCUUAGAUUCGUAAAGAAUGUCGGCAUAAAAUCUAUGUCUGUCUCUUUCUGUCGGUUUACUGUCAAAACAAGGUAUGUAGCUAUACCUACAUUUAAGGUAUUUCUGCAGCUCAACGAUAGACUACUUUCAAAAUAUGCAUUAGACUAUGCUGUUUCAGCUUAGAGUUUAGUAUAUAAAUGAAACGAUCGCUAUUUCGCCUAUUAAUUUUCGGGUUACAUUGCAAGCUAGCAGGUUGUGAAUGGUAUUAGUAAGAACAUAAUAAUAUUUCCCGAACCCUCAAAGAAAUGUGACUAGCAACUUUCAAACAUCACACUCUCAAGAUGUUCAACUACGUAGGUAGGUACUUAUACUUUGUGAAAUAUGACAGAUCCAUACAUUUUAUUUAUAUUUUUUACAACGGAAUAUUAAUUUAACUUACCAGGCAUAAGAAUCUGUCAAUCAAACGUCUCGUAUGAGACAUGUUAUAUUUUAAAAGGAUAGUUUAGAUACUCUAGUCUAGUUUAGAGUAUAUCACGGGUAUGAAACAAAGACAGAAAGUUAUACACUUGACUUAGAUGAAAUGUUUCUCUAAAUGACGACUUGAUUUCAAAUAAAACACAAGUUAUACGUACUGCAUUACAAUCUUUGUGUUUUAUAACUCUUUUUUUAAACACUUUAUUUACUUAAUCCUUCUGAUGGUAUCUUUCGGUGAAGUAAAAUAAUUCAACAUUAUUCUUGUGUUUAGCGGGUUUGAAUUCUAUUUUCAUGCAUGGUUUAUAUUUUAUGUUUACUCAUGAAUACGGGUCGUAUAAAACAUUUAAAACAUCCGUUUACUUUCAGCAAAGUUGUAUAGGUAUAUCAACAUCAUUCAAACAUAAUAUCUUCACUCCAUAAUUCUCCAUAAACUGUUCAUAAAUACUUACGAUGAUAAAUCCAGUCACCUUAAAUACCACCUUCUGGACAGCUUGCAGUGUGGCCUCGACCCAUAGAAGGCUCUAGUUCCCGGGACAUAAACAGCUGGAUAUUAUUUUUGUAUGGAGUUUGACAGUUCUUACCCGCAAUUUACACUAACCAGCUAUAGUAAAUGUUUCGGUCAACGCAAGCCCAAAUGUAAUAAAAACAAGGGUGAUUGUAGUUCGUAAGACUAUGCUGCUGCGACGGCAAUGUAUGUAAAUAAUAAAUUCCUCUAAUAUAUUAUGUAUUAGAAACACCACGUGUUAUAAUUAAUUGUAUUUGUUAAUGUGGAGUUAGCUUAGUGGCCGGCGCAGGAAGAUGUUGUAAUUUUCAGUGAUUUAGUUUAAUAAAAGUUUUUCGUUCAUA